GGUAAUCCUCCUCCCCAACUCUCUCCAGUUCCGGGCCACCUCCCGUCCACUCCUUCAGUUCUGCUUCCCCCGCUGGCGCUCAUGUCGGCGCCGGCCUCGCCAUUUAAGACUCCAACCGCAGCCCAUUGACACCCCCCGCGACACCGCGCAAGGGCUGUCGCAUCUACCAAACCCCCCCCCCGAAGCGACCAUGAGCGACGACGCGCUGCCACCUCGCGAGGCCCCGCCCAAACCCGGCGAUGUCCCAGACGCGGGGCUGAGGAGCCUCGACCAUUACAAGAGGGCGCUGCCGCGAUGGCGCUACGCCGUGCGCCAGAAGACGCUGCCGUUGAUCCGCUGGGAGACGCCCUAUCUCGCCUGGAUGCAGGAUAGGCUGCGCACGCCCGCUCUCGACAGCUACUUUGCCAUCACCGCCAACCUCGGCACACAUACCUUCUUUAUGAUCGGCUUGCCCAUGCUGUUUUGGUGUGGCAAUGCGUCCUUUGGGAAAGGCCUCGUCCAUAUGCUCGCCCUCGGCGUCUUCUGGACCGGCUUUAUCAAGGACUUUUAUUCCUUGCCGCGGCCGCUCUCGCCGCCGCUGCACCGCAUUACCAUGUCUGGUUCGGCCGCGCUCGAGUACGGCUUCCCCUCGACGCACAGCGCCAACGCCGUAUCCGUCGCCGUCUACGCGCUCCUCCUACUGCGAAGUCCCGAUAACACAUUUGCUCCCAACACGAAGCUGCUCCUCGAGGGGCUCUCUUACUUCUACGCCCUUUCCAUCGUCUUUGGUCGUCUGUACUGCGGCAUGCACGGCUUCAUGGACGUCAUAGUGGGAUCGACCAUGGGCGCAGCCAUCGGCUGGAUCGAGUACUACUACGGGCCUCCCCUAGACGAGUACAUGCAUUCGAGUGGCUGGAUGGCCCCCUUCAUCGCCAUGCUCGUCAUCAUCGUGUUCGUCCGCAUCCACCCGGAACCCGCCGACGACUGCCCCUGCUUUGACGACAGCGUUGCCUUUGCCGGUGUACUCAUCGGCUUGGAGUUCGGGACCUGGACGUACGGGAAGAUCCCUGGGGACCCGUGGGAGACACACGCCUACGGCAACGGCACGGUUGACACGUCGUCUUUGGGCCUCUGGAAGAAUGUGGCGAGAAUUGUCUUUGGCGUCCUUGUCAUCUUCGUGUGGCGGGAGACGAUGAAGCCGGCGCUCCUGAAACUGCUACCACACCUAUUCCGCGGCCUCGAGCAGGUGGGCUUGAACCUCCCACGACGAUACUUCACCCCAGCUAGCGAGUACAAGUCGGUGCCCCCUGGCUCGCGGCUCGACACGCUCUUCCCCAAGGCGUCCGACUUCCCUCGCAUGGUGGAGAGCAUCCGCCACCCCACCACGCGAGGCAGGUCAGUGUCCAUCGGGCCGCAGAGCGCGGCGGAUGCGUACGAGACGCUGGCGUAUCGCGAGCGACGCCGUCGCGAGAGCAUCGGCAGCAACAACAGCCUCAAGAGCAAGUCCAGCAACAUGGACCUAUCGAGUGCCGCAGACCCGGGGCCAAAGGACGCGGACAGCUCAGGCAGGGUCGCGCAGGCGUCCGGGUCGCAGAAGCCGCCCGCGCACGAGUACGAAAAGAUGAUGGGGGACGGCGAGGUUGUCAUGACGCCUGUCGAAGAAAAUGGGGCCGCGGGCGGAUUCAACAACGAGGGGGAGGAGCUGGCGGAGAAGGAGAUGUUUUCACGGCUGGUCCGACCGCGAGUAAGAUACGACGUGGAGGUGGUUACCAAGCUGGUCGUCUACACCGGAAUCGCUUGGUUCGCGACGGCCCUGAUUCCCAUCAUGUUCGAGAUUGUAGGCCUGGGCACGAACCACCUACAGGCGGUAAUGAGAUGAGCUGGCGCACCGGGACCAGGAGAUGGAUGAUGACCGACAUGCACAUAGAAGAAGCAGAGGGCGGCGGCCCCUUCCUCCCCCCUUUUACCGUUGCCAUCCCGCUCUGGAACAAGGCGAGAGGAGGUUGGGCCGCGUCCCGUGUAUAAGAUACCUAUACUUACCGACUUUACUGCACAUGUGCAUGGCCUUUGUGGCGAAUUCUACGCGGGAGGUUCUUGAUGCCUCCUCUGCUUUCCUUCCCGGACGGAUGCCUACAAUGGACGAAUCCGACCAAGCUGUAGGUAGGCCCAUGGAUCGGCGAGAUGAUGAGAUCAUCGCGCUGCACAUGAGAAAAAAGGGAGCCGAAGCACAGAGAGCACACUGCUGAAUGCGGGGUGAUCAAUUCUUGAUCGUGGUAUAAACGAGCUAUCCUACAAUAUAUGCCUCC